CCGUGUGACUCGCGCUCGCGGCUUCCGGAUUAUCGCGGCUAGUUUAGCGGGCCCCGAGGAUUGGGACAGCAGUAGUGCACCGUGCCUUAAAUACAGUGACCAGUGUAUGCCUUGAACGCGACGCGACAAAAAGAAUGGACAUCCAGCUGCGAGACAUGAAUGCGCCGUGGCGAUGACAAGCCUGAUCUUGGAGAACGCCGACUUGAAUCGACUCUUUCCGAAAUGCCGGCCUAGGGGCGGUCCACCCCCGGCCCCGGGGGCCUCCACGCAGAGCAGCCAGCAGCCGCAUGACAGCCCCUGCCAGACGGAGGCCGCCGCUAUCACCACCACCGUCACCGCCGCGACCGCCGCAACAGCCGCAGCAGCCGCUGUCACCAUCGCCUCUACGAACACGUCGACGAGCGCCUCCGCGAUAUCGGACGACAUGAUCGACCUCGAGCGCGACACCUCCGACAGGACGGCGAGCGUGGUGCCCGGUUUCACGGUCGAGGGCCAACUCAGCCAACUGCCGCACGCCACGAAGCCGCUUUCGUCGAGCUCCUCCUCGGCAUCCGGACGCAGUGAGGACGCGCCACAAUACGGUAGCCUGCCGGGUAGUGAUCAUCAGGGACAAUCGCAGCAAGACGAUAGCGGACCCGAGGGAAGCCCUGUGUACAUUUUGACCUCGGCCAAGGGAGGCCCCAGCUAUAAGCUUCGGGAUUCGAGAAUUAUAGAAAUCGCUGGUGGCCGAGAGGUAUUCUCACAGAGCCGAGGGAAGGUGGCAGCUAGAAAGUCGCGAUUUCUGGCUGCGUCAAAUUCCAUAAAUAACGAGGAUAAUAUUCAAACUGAUAAUAAAUUGUCUGUUAAGAAGAAUAAUAAGUCUCCUAACUCGCAGACCAUAUGGGAGCUACGAAGUCGAUGCGGUGAAACCAGAAAGCAACGUGCAAAUCGAGAAGUGACGGAGACCGUGUUUGCCUCCGAGGUACAUUCGGUGCGACGUAACGCUACGAAAUCCAUUCUCGAUUACGACUCUCCUAAAAGCAACCGCAGCAAUCGCAUAAUUAAUUACGAUUCAAUCUUGAAUAGCAAUAAUGUAGAAUAUACCGUACCAAAAAGUAUUACCGAUCUGGACUAUGGCUUACCAAAGAGCUGCGUAGAUUAUCAAUCGAAUCACAACACCCCUGCGAGAAGUAUGGCUAUUGUCAGCGACGGUGAAGUUGUGGUAUUCGACGAUAUCGAUGACAAUUGGCAGGGGUUGCGACUGGAUUUGGCGUCGAGCAACACAAAUCAAGUUACGACGACGAAUCUAGACUUGGAGACAGACGAUUCGCAAAGAGGUCGUAUUGCACCGGAACCACCGAGUUCCAGUGUUGGAAGUACUCCUAGUCCUACGACGGCAUAUCAUCGCAAUACUUCAGAAUUUUUCAAAGUUGUUACACCAGCGAGUGAUUGCGAAGCAGAUUCUCCUUCUCCAGAACGUAAUCAUAAGGUUGCGAGAGUAAUUGGUGAAUUACCAAUCGCUCAGUAUUCUGGCAGCCCGAGACGUUAUGGAGUUCGUGAAAAUACACAACUUCCUAGCUUAUUAUCAUCACCUUCAAUGUAUAUGACACCGAGGCCUGGUUUCCCUCAAAGAGUAUUGCCAACAACACCAAAUCACAAUGAGAAGGAAGAUACUUCUGCAGAAAUCGUAGUAGACAAGACUGUGAUAGAAAAUAUUAGCACUGAAGAUCAGCCUAUACAUCCUUCAUCUCCAUCACCAAAGGUCGAAGAGGAAGAGGAAGAUUCUUUAAAGCCAUCGACUUUGCCUGCUGAUAAUAUAAGCAGUCUUGUCUCACCGGGAGGUAGCACCUUCGACUAUUUAUAUGAAUUUUCAGAGACACGGAAAGUGUUAGAAGAAUUCUUCAAAUGUCCAGCGCCGACGAAAGAAAAGGAAAACAAUAUAGAAUCCUUUCCUUUCCAGGAUCUUGAUUAUGAAUUAAGAAGGCAAGGUGGAAGUGCAUAUGUUGGUCAACGAUUAGCCAGUGGUCCACCCGCAACAGAAGAGGUUAUGGUACAUGAGUCUCCUAAAAAGCAACGGGCAGAAUUUCCGCAAAAUACAGGUGAACAUGAAAACAACUUUUUGGACCUCUCAGUAGGUACUGGCAGCAGUGAAGAUCUUGGAGAAACUGAGGUUGGCUUGCAAGUGGGACACUCGCGUAAUUUUACACUAAGCCCCGAGACAACCGACUGUGACAGUAAUUGCGGCGACUUGGACAGCGAGGUAUCCCUCAUGAUGAUGGAUAAUGAAUUGAUGCCAGCAAGUGGCCUUCUCGGAUCGGUCGGCGAUUUGGGGAAUAAUUCGGAUUCCCUGAGAAUAUACACUAGUAUGCCGGUAUUAGAAGACGGACUGUCUAGUGGACACGCGAGUGAUACUGACAACAAUAAUCCUACUGUGAUGCUCAUGAAACGGCAAAUAAACGAGAUAGAGAAAGAGAUCAUACAGAGAACUCGUAACGACAUGUUAGGUACGAAUGAGAAUGACUCUGGAAAAGACGUUAGUCUAAAUGUAACAAAGGAUAUUUUACACACGUUGAAGACUACAUCUCCUGAUCUAUUUGUCGCGAAGAAGGAAAAUUCGUACGACACGAACGAGCUCCAACUCGAUGGAUUGGAUCCACUGGGUACGCCGCCGCCUCCGGCACCUCAAGGACGACAAAGUGUAUCCUUAGAAGUAAAUUGUGGAGAGGUGGAGGCAGCCAUCAAAGAUAUUAGAAUGGCUCUACAAAGGACUAAAGCUCUACCUGUAAAAUCACCAUCGGAAGAACCGCCGGAACCAAGCGUUAGUCCGAUAUGGAUACCAAGUAUAAUGGAUGGCAGGCGGAGAGUCUGUAUGGAAAGCAAUAGCGAAGAAUCUGAUGCGCGUCGUAUAGGUGACGAAGCUGAUAUGGAAAUUGAGGAAUGUCCAGACGAAGAGGAAGCGGAUACCGAUCUUGAAACAGAUCGAUUGCUCGGACAACAAAGAACGGACGAUCAAGGAUUUUACGACGAUAAGGGGUGGAGGAAGCCUAAGACUAGGACUAUGUUACCACCAAUGAAUGCGAAAGUCGCUACUCCAAAACAAACCCCUCCUAAAUCUUUGAGUGUCGCCCCGAUAGAAACGCUAGCGCCUUCCGAGCCCAUACCCUCGACGUCUGCCUCGAUCUCCCCUCCUCUUGUAGUGUCUGUUAUACAAUCGUCGUCUUCUAACGAGUGCGAAGUAGCCACUCCCGCGCAACCUACAUCGAGUCCGCAGAAGACCCCAGUCAAAAACUCCCCCUCAUCCCCUCAGAGCCUCAAGGAAUCCAACAACAAGGUGAAAAAGGAUAAGGAGGGAAAGAAAAAGAGCAGAAACAAAGAAGACUUGUUGGAUGAUCCAUCAGUGUUGAUCGAAGGUGUCCUGUUCCGCGCGAGGUACUUAGGAUCCACGCAAUUAGUAUGCGAAGGUCAACCGACGAAGUCGACCCGCAUGUGUCAAGCAGAGGAAGCAGUUUCCAGAAUAAAGGCGCUGGCACCGGAUGGUGAUUCUCAGCCAAGCACGGAGGUAGAUCUGUUUAUCUCAACGGAGAAGAUCAUGGUUCUUAACACUGAUCUGAAGGAGAUCAUGAUGGAUCAUGCGUUACGUACGAUUUCAUACAUAGCGGAUAUCGGUGAUCUGGUAGUGCUAAUGGCACGGCGACGUUUCGUGCCGCACGAAAUGGAAGAAGUACCAAAAAUCAAUCGAACUCCAAAGAUGAUAUGUCACGUUUUUGAAAGUGAGGAGGCUCAAUUUAUAGCACAAAGUAUUGGACAAGCAUUCCAAGUAGCUUACAUGGAGUUCCUAAAAGCAAAUGGGAUAGAGGAUCAUAGCUUUGUUAAGGAAAUGGAUUAUCAAGAGGUGCUCAAUUCGCAGGAGAUAUUCGGCGACGAGCUGCAGAUGUUCGCAAAGAAGGAGAUGCAGAAAGAGGUAGUGGUACCGAAAGCAAAGGGAGAGAUCCUCGGUGUUGUGAUCGUUGAGUCCGGAUGGGGCUCGAUGCUGCCAACCGUAGUCAUAGCAAAUUUGGCACCGGCCGGUGCCGCCGCACGUUGCGGUCAACUUAACAUCGGCGAUCAGAUAAUAGCAAUUAACGGCGUAUCGUUAGUCGGCUUGCCUUUGUCCACGUGUCAGACUUACAUAAAAAAUUCAAAGAAUCAAACGGUCGUCAAGCUAACUGUCGUGCCGUGUGCACCUGUAGUCGAAGUGAAAAUCAAGAGACCCGACACGAAAUAUCAGUUAGGAUUUAGUGUACAGAACGGAGUGAUAUGUAGUCUAUUGAGAGGUGGUAUCGCCGAGCGGGGCGGAGUACGAGUGGGCCAUAGGAUAAUUGAAAUCAAUAAUCAGAGUGUUGUUGCUGUACCGCACGAAAAGAUUGUUAAUCUUCUGGCUACGUCAGUGGGAGAGAUUUUGAUGAAAACGAUGCCCACGUCGAUGUUUAGGCUGUUGACCGGCCAGGAGUCUCCGGUGUACAUAUAAAAAGCGUUCAGUUGCCUGGCUGAUGCGUAGUGAACAGACAAUACAUCCACCAUCCACUACCAUACUAUCCGCUACCUUUAUUGUACAGGUUAUUCUAUGCAAAUCGCUUUGUGUUUUCGAUUCUUAUGGAACGAUUCGAUACAUUCACCAGCUCCUGCUUAGUAAACGAGACCUACAUAGGUACGUCGCAGAAACGUUACUAAAUAUCUACUCAAGCAUAAUUUAUAUGAUUAUCAAUUAUUGUAAGAGAUAUACGUAUAGUACUUAUCAAUGAGAUUCUCUAUAACACGUAUGUUCCCUGAAAUCUUGCGAGCUAUUGUUUCAAUAACGGUCAGUGCAUUACGUCAAUGCUAUUGAUUUAUCGUCUAGCGAAACGAUAGAGGAAAAAAAUAUUGAUUUUCAGUACACAACAAGUGGAUGUUAUAGAGAAUCGCAUUAUUCGCGCCAAGAAAGAUAGGUGAUGCAAAUGAGGCAGUUGCACAUGAUUAUAAAUAGCACAAAGCUCUUUACCAACAGCUGGAGCAGGGCUGGAACUGUAUAUUACGUAGUUUAAUGACGUAGUAAUAUUUAUAAAAAGGAUCUCCCUCUAUCUCUCAUGGAGACACUUUAAGCUAAAGCGUUUAUUUAAUCUUUUUUAUCUUUAAGGCCGGCGAAUACUUGCGGCGCGAUGCCCGAGUAUAUUAAUUUGUACUAAAAUUAUUAUCUACCGUAGUAACUUCGGACGCGUAAAUCUCGUGAUAAAUAACGCCAUAGUAAUUAUAUAGAAGAGCACAGUAACGUAUUUUAUACGUAUUCUAUACGUAUUCUAUACGAGAGGAAUUUUUUAAACGAGUAAAUUAUAAUACGUUUUGCAAUACAUUUAGCUGAUUUUCGGUAAAAGAUAUAAUAAAUUGCGUAUCAUUGAAUACAUGUUAUUGGACAAAAAUGUUGAUUCAACAUCAUGUAUGUUUACAUAUCGCUUUAUCGAUGCCUAUAUUCUGUGGUAUAAUACUCAUUUGUAUCAAAGAUGAAAUUGUAAUGCAGCACGUUUACAGCGCGAUAUUAUUGUUCAGAGGGACGUUUAAAAAUCCUUCACAUUAUGCUUCAUAAACGACUAUCUAAAU